AUGGAUGCGACGAAUCCUUCCGGUUGGUAUUUGUUCUCCGGGAAAUCGUUCGCCGACGUCGGGAGGAAGUAUUGCGCCGCCGCUUCUUUUCGAUAGUCUUCGAAGUCUUUUGCAACCGUUCUGAUAGAUCCCGCAAAGUUUGCCGAUGGCGUAUUACGCUUUGGAUUGUACGUUUUACUUCUACGCGUUUCGUAGCGGUGUAGCCUUUGUGUGUGGUUCUCGCUAAGGAUCCGCGAGUGACUCUCUGAGAACGAAGUAGAGAACGUCGCGUUUGGUCAGACGAAGGCCUCGACUUUAUUCUCUUUGAGCUUUGGGAUUUUCUCUCCAUACUCUUUGGUCGAAUCGAAUGUUUGAAGUUUAUUCUUCAUAAACAAAGGCACGGCGCUCUCUGCUCAGAGUUUUUUUUUAACAAAUACAAACAAAAGAAUCCACGAUAAAACGCAAACGGGACCAGCAGAACGUGCGCAAACAUUCGCUUCGAUUUAGGCAUCGCGGAAUUUAUAUUUACGUAUGGCAAGCAAUCGAUGUGUACGUGUAUACGUGUUUACGCGGUCGUUCUCUCUCUCUCUCUCUCUCUCUCUCUCUCUCUUUCUCUCUCUCUCUCUCUCUCUCUCUCUCUCUCUCGCUGCCUUUCUCUCUUUCUGCUUACAAUUCGAUUUUAUAGACAGCGGCUGUGGCAUUCGCGACAAUAGAUAUUGGUUCCAGAAAAUUUUCCGUUGUAUAAAACCACUCGCGCGAUUCCACCUGUCGAGGCAAUGCUGCCUCGCUCGCGGCUUUUCCGUCAUAAUGAUUAAAGUUUCAAAUGAAAAAUAAAAUUCCCCGCAUGUACACAUACUUCGGGUAUACCCACGAAUUAACUGCACUGUUUGCUAUCGAUUUUAUCGUCCGACACGUCUUGCACCGCCGGCUAUGCGGAUAUCAAUAAUCGAUUUUAGAUAAUUCAACGCCGGUCUCAAAGCGCUCGACGAUGAAUCGACGCGCGCGCUCUGGUACAGCAGUAGCGCGAGGGACCAAGCGCCAAAUGGUUUUCUCUACUUUUUUACGUCCCGCUCGGAUCGAAAGGGCAAUCAUGGCCUGCGGUGGGGCACACGGAUACUAAUUACGGCAGAGCCUGCGCGCGAAAGAGAGAGAGAGAAGAUAGCUUGUUAUACACUACUGGUAUGAUAAAAUUGCCGAGGCCGCGGGUUGUUAACGACACUUUUUCAUCGAGUGCAUAUCCGGCGAGUUCGCAUUCGCCGACAGCUUCGGAAUUCACCUAUGUAAUACAUGGGCCAUCGUGAUGAGAAAUUGGGGAGGAAAAACGACGGACGUUCAGCGCCAUAUUUUUGUAUUUUCCAGCUACGCUAUACCUACGUAGAUGAGCUUGCAAUAGGGCGUCUCACAAGUUUCUCUCAGAAGCGCGCGCUUGGCUUGCCAAGUUGAUAGAUUAACGUUUAUCGUACAUUAUAUCCCCAAAGUUCGCUUGACCCAUCGCCCGCCGGCGCGAGUGAGCGAGAGAGAGAGAGAGAGAGAGAGAGAGAGAGAGAGAGAGAGAGAGCUAUAUUAGGGAGUAUAGCGCAGCGAGAGAUAAAUUUAAUAUCGAGUCAGCUCUAUAUUCUCGAGCAAAGUCCGGCUUCAUUCGUUACGUCUGAAAAGCGGCGCGGCGGCGAAUAAAGCGAAACACUCUCCUUAAUAAAGGGAAUAAAGAAAGAAAAAUUCCUUUCAUACUUCCGUAAAUAGAGCUGCCGGCUCGCCGGAUGACUUCAAUAAUGCACUCGAGAGAGCGCGCGAGCGCGAGCAAAAGAAAACGCAACAUCGCACAAUACAGCGCGCGCGGCCAAGGAGAAAUAUUUUCUUUGCUUAUUUUUUUUGUCAGCUAAAGCGCGAGAUGGUCAUGCCCACACGCUGGGGGACGGCGAACGCGAGAUUACCGCUAGUUUACGAGACUCUCGUGUUGACGCGCGACGACCGCCUCCUCUAUAGUUAUGUAUGCAUGUGUGCUGUAAAACGCCGCAAAGUUCGCCCCUCCGCGGGCCUGUAUAUAUUUUCUUCGCUGCUAUCGGCGAGAAGCAAUCACCGAGGACGAGAACGAAUGAUCGUCGAUACAGAAAGGAGGAACGCUAUUUAGGUGACACAGCGUGACGCCAAGCAGGACGACGACGACGAAGAGAAGAAGAAGGAGGAGUCGGAGGAGGAAGCCCUUAGAAGAGAACAAUGCCAGUCGGCGGUCGCGUUGCCGGUAAAGGGGGUGGCGUUUACAGCUCCUCGCACAAUGGUCGUUCCCAGAGCGGGGUGAACGAGACGAUAAUCUGGACGAGCGUGGGGAUGGGCAUCACCAUUACCCUCCUCAUAACCAUCGCGCUCUGCUACAUCGCUAGGGAGAAGUGCAAGAAGCGCCACGAGCCCUACAGAUGACGAAUGUAUCCACCCCCGUCGUGGACGCUCCGCUACAAUCCGCCGACGGGGAUAGUCGUCAGUCCGACUCUCUCGUCCUCGGGCAGGCCCCGGGCGUACUACCUCACCAUUUGAGCCCGGCUGACGAAUAGCUGCUGCUGCUGAAGAAGAGCGCGGGAUAUAUUCUGCACUUCUGUUUUGCCGGUUUGUUGCUGAGAAGCAACUACUGCUGCUCCGCGUGUAAAUAUCUUGCGAUAAUUCAGCCUCUUAAAACGCUGCACCUUUCGUUUGCGCAACGCUCUCUCAUAAAGCUUGAAGAGCCGCUUUGACACUUCAACUCGCGACGUUCAUUCGAAAGCUCCUUUUCAAAGGCGCGACCGCGGUACGAGAAUGUGAAGCCGUGACUGCUGUUGAAAGUUCAAAGUCAGCUGUUGCUAGGUAUAUAUACGACGUUAUAUCCACAGCCGUCAGGAACACACGUCUCUCGCUCUCUCGUGCGGCGGCGG